AUGUUCCUUGCUAAAGCACUUCACACCAUUAAUUUCAUUGGCCAUGAUCUCUGAACAUUAUAAAGCUCCUUGAUGUAAAAUAGGUGACGAAUGCUUACUCUGCUGUUUUUCAGACCAAGAUGGCUCACAUCCAGUUCACCGACACAUUGGUUAGGGAAUAUUUAGUAUCAAGGGGAUUUGCUACUGCAUUAAAGAGUUUUGAUUCUGAUGCUAAAGCCAGCAAGGAUCAUGGUUUCCGGGUUGAUAAGAUAAUGGAGAUUCUCAUGUCCAGUGUUCAAAACCUUGAGCUGCAGCAGCUAAGAACAAUGUGGUCUCACUUAGACAAACACAUAUUUAGGCACUUGGAAGCUCAUCAGAUUAUUGCCGCCCGGGACCUGGGUAUCGCGCUGAUGCGGCGGUACGUGGUCCAGGCAACCUCGUCAACUGAGACGGCCGGCAACCGCAACCGCGACAAGGUCCACGAGUUCUUCGAGAAGAUGGCUCCGGAGAUUCACAACCGACCCGAGUGGCGCGACUGGUUCGCGCUACCAUUCCUGAAGGCGCCCGAGGACCACCCGACGUUCUCCGUCUUCUUCAGUCGCCAGUGGCAGGACACACUCGCCGUGUCGCUCCAUAACUUCCUGGCCAUUGUCUUUCAGUGCAUGCCGCGCCCGACGCUGGCCCAGUACCAGGAGGACUCGGCGCUGAUGCUGCAGUUGCAGCGCGAGAACAUGGACCUGCGCAGCCGGCUGGAGGCGCUGACAGGCGCCGGCGCCGCGCCGCCGCCCGAGCUGCUGCCCGCUCAGCCCAUCAUGGACGACUUCAACGUGGUGGCGCACGAGACGCCUAGCGUGGACAGCUCGUCGUCGUCGAAGCUGCGCUCGCUGAUCGCGCGCUCAAUCGGCUCGACGUCGCCCGGCUCGAGGCGGCGCUCGCCGGGCUCGGUCCGCGCCGGCGCCGGCGGUGCGGCGGCGGCGCGGACGGAGCCGGUGGCGCCCCCGCGCGUGGCCCGCUCCAUCUCGGCUGGCCGGCGCCCGGCGGCGGCGGCGGGGGAGUCCCAGGUCACCGAGACGCUGCCCGACACCGGCGGCACCGGGCCCGUGCUGCUGGGACAGGUCCGUGGUGGGGCGGAGUGGGGAGGGAGAGGGAGUGGGUAG